AUGACUUUUCAAACGUAGUAAAUCCUUUGCCACUAGUUGGUUGGUCUGUCUACCCUGUCGUUUGCCAUUACGGUUAGGUUACUGUUACAAGCUCUCAAAUACUCUCUCUAACCCUUUAUCCGAUUUUACUUUCUCUUCAAUGGCAACGAGCGAAAAAUCUGAAAUCAAUACGAAAACCCUAAUCGCAACUCGAAAGAACACAAUCUCCACAGUAAGAGCAGCCCCCGACGACUUCGGGCGAGCCACGGCGAAGCUUGCGGUGGCUCAGCUAUGUGAAGCCACAGGGUUUCACGCCGUCAAAGAUUCAGCCCUCGAAUCUUUCUCCGACAUCGUAAUCCGUUACCUCCUCGACUUCGGCAAAACGGCGAAAUUCCACGCCAACCUCGCCGGUAGAUCACAGUGCAGCGUAUUCGAUUUGAUUCGAGCAUGGGAAGAUUUAGAAGCGCCUCGAGGGUUUUCAAAUGGUGUGAAGGAGAUUAUGAGUUACGCUGAAUCUAUGCCGGAGACUUCGUUUGCUCAACCGAUUCCGCAUUUUCCGGUGACCCGUGAACGGAGGAACAUUCCGAGUUUUUUACAAAUGGGUGAAACUCCACCGUCGAAGCAUAUACCGCCAUGGUUACCGGCAUUACCUGAUCCUCAUACUUACAUUCAUACACCUGUUUGGGAUGAGAGAGUCUCUGAUCCCCGUGAGGAUAAGGUUGAACAGGCUAGACAGCGUAGAAAGGCUGAGAGGUCAUUGUUGAAUUUGCAGAAGCGAUUGUUGCUUUGUAACAGCAACCGUAACCGUAAUGGAUCCACAGAAACAGUAGCAGCAGCAACAAGCGUUCCAGUUCCUGUUCCUGAUGAAGAUGUAGAUAUUGCUCCAGUUCCGGUUGUUUUGGCGUCGAAGUUACCACUUGUUGAUGGAGACCGAGUCUCGGUGAUGGAGGCUUUUGCUCCAGCAAUCGAGAUGCUAGGUGGUGGUGGUGUUUUGUGUGAUGAUGGGAUUGAUGGAGAUAAGACAGUUAUUCCUGCUGCUACUGCAAGGCCUACUGUGCAUUUCAAGUUUAGAACUGGGAAGAAGUUCAUUGGGGAGUCUUUUGGUGAUAGAAAUAAGAAGAAGGAGGCCUUGCACGCGAUAUCUUUGGUUGGUAGAGAAGAUGAAAGAGAUGAUAAGAAAAGGAGAGCCGAGUAUAUUCUCAGACAAUCUAUGGAAAACCCACAGGAGCUGACUCUCUUAUAGGUUCAAAGUCUAGUCAAGGGCUUGCCGAUUUUCUGGUCCCGCCAGCACUCCAAUGACCAGCUCAGUUCUACGGUCAGCUAAAGGUUUGGAUCAGAAAGAAAGAAGGGAAGUUUGACUAAGCUGAAAGUGUUUUAGUUCCAGUUUGCAUAAAUGGAGCCUCCCCAGAUAAGCACCUUUCAAAAAGUGUUCAAUAAAAAUUUAAAAAGUCUGACAAUAGUCAGGACAAAUACAAGUACUAGAAAGACAUCUAUUUGUCUAGCUAUGCAUUGAAGCACCUUGCUGGGAUUGAGUAUGAUCCAAUCUGAUAGGUUAAAAGAAGCAAUGAAGCUUGUCGAGUUAAUGUUUAUCAAUAUCGUAAGGGUGAAUUGAUCACAAUUGUGGAAGAACGUCUUUACUUCUUCCUAAUGGUUUAGGUGAACAUCUUAAUGUAGUUCAAGGUCGGUAACAAACUAAAGAGCAAAUACUUCAGUGCCCCAAACACAGCGAAUUCACCUUAGUGGAGUCAUAAUGAAUACUCUUAUGGGAAAUUGUUUACUCUGAAAUUGCUUCCCGAGAAGACUGUGGAGAAGCAUGGUAUUGACAAUGAUCAGGAAUGCUUUUCCUUUUUAUCUAUGUAGAACAUAGCUACUGUUAAUGGACAUAUGGACAAACUGACGGGGAGUUCGAUUACUCCCCUGAGUUGACUUGUCUCUUGGAUUAUUACUAACAGAUCCAUGUAUGGAAUACAAACUCUCACUGGAGUAAGUUUUAAGCCUACAAAACCUCUCAAACUGCUUCUGAGCUUGAGAACAUUAAGCAUUCUGAAUUUUUGGCUGCUUCUGAAGAGCCAAACCAAACAACCAAAUAACCAGGCCUUAUCCCACUAAGUAGGGUUGGCUGCUGCUGCUGAAGAGCAUCAUAAGAAAAUCAAAGUGCUGAGUGCAGGUGACGAGCAAGAAGAUUGCAAUGUGUCUUCACCUGAAGAAGACCUUAUCAUUCAGAAUGUGCUGCUUCUGCUGAGAGUUGUGAUACUGACAAAGCAAAUGAAAAUUCAGGUCCUUCUGAAAUACCACUCGAUAUUUCUUGGAUGGAUACAUGUAUAGAUUUUGCAACAAAAACUCUCUGAAAGGUGUCCCAUUCCCAUUAGACUGUGAUCCAGAUUCUAAUAACUUUCUUCAGUAAAAACAGAUCAUUGAAUACUCAAGGACUUUGUGAGAUGGCAUUGCAAUUGCCAGUUUAGAUAACUUUGCUAUUUUUACUACAAUUGCAGCCAAUACUUUUUGUGAAUCUCGCAUUACCACAGCAAAAGUUUUGGCAUAGGUUAUUACCAAAAAUAACAUGUUGGCAUAGGCGUUUCUUCUUGGCCAAACUUCUGCCAUGUGUUGAAGAUAAUGUGAAGGAGUGUCUUCCAGAGAUUGUUUGUCCACUUUGCAAUACUGUACCAUAGAAAAGAGCUUCCUCAAAACUAAAACCUUCUUCAUUUUUUUGUUAUUCCUUUGCUCUCUCUUGUGUGUACAUGGCAUGUUCGUAUAUGCGGCACAUUAUAUAACUACUCAUUUUUCCUUAUCCUAUGGUGUAUUCCUAAUAUUGUUCUUUGAAGCCACCCUAAAUUCACCAGACGAAGUCACACUUGUGACUUCUGAUGGGUUGAGUGAAACUUUGAAAUCUUGUGCUAGUUAGAUCCAACAAAGAAUGAUAACCAAGCAAGAUCUAACAAGACAAGCGAGAUCGAAGAACAAUAAAAACAGCAGUGGGUUGAAAAGCACCUGAGCAAAUUGUCGGCUGAGGUGGCAUAUACAAUGGAGGGCAGUGGUUUGCCAACACCCUUCAGUAGCUGUCAAACUUUUAGUCUUCUGCGCAAAUACUUGUACAACAUUAGUAUUAAGUAAUGUACUAAGUAUUCACAAAUGUCAUGGAUAUUUUGAAAGUAACCCAGUUUUCUCUGAUCAGAAUAUUGUACUAUUUAUUUGGUGUUUUAUGUUUGCAAGUUUACUGUUUACUGUGUUUCACAAAUUGAAUUUUUUUCAAACUCUUAUGCAUGUAUGCUAAUAGUUUUGCCGUUGAUUUCGCUUGCAUUAUUUAUCUCUAUGGUGUUU